GAAACGGACGGACAUUUCUGUGGCGUAGAUAUAGUUUGUUGAGUCGAGGUCAUAGAGCGUUUUUCCGUAAUGCUGUAAAAUUAUAGAAAAUCCUGCAAAAAUAAAAAUCCUUAGUGAAACAUUUUUCGGUCGAAUUUCAAAAUUUCCAUACUUUGGUGCGUGUCCUAGAAUGGAUUCCAAGACCAAAAACACUCAGAAGAAGCUUCAGUUGGCUCUGCGGACGGAAUCGCCUGUUAGCGACGAUGAAGAUCAGCGUAAACGUCAAGAGUCUGUGAUGAAAAAUAGUGGCUACACCGUGCAGGAGAUGAUCGGAACCGGAGCGUUUUCCAACGUCAUGAAAGCAUUCAGCAAAACGCAUAAUCAAACCGUUGCAGUGAAGGUUAUUUCCAAGCAGAAAGCUAGCAAAGAUGUUCUGACCAAGUUUCUCCCGCGGGAGAUCGAUUUGGUGACGAAACUUAAACACGUGAAUUUGAUCCGGUAUCACGAAUGCAUCGAAACCACCCUGAGAUAUUACAUCGUGAUGCAGUAUGCUGAAAAAGGUUCCUUGCUGCAACUCAUACGCAAAGAAAAAUAUCUAGCAGAAGAGCGAGCCAGAUCAUAUUUCAGUCAACUUCUCAACGCCGUGGAAUACAUCCACAGUAUGGGAGUCGUUCAUCGUGACAUCAAGUGUGAGAACAUUGUCUUCGAUGGAAGCUUUACGCUUAAGUUGAUUGACUUUGGGUUUGCCAGAGGAAACAUGCAAUCAGUUGCGGUCGGUUCUAAAAUGAAGCCAGUCCUAUCGAAGACCUUUUGCGGUAGCCAUGCGUAUGCCAGUCCGGAAAUACUGAAAUCCAUUCCAUAUCAGCCGCAGCUAUCCGACAUUUGGGCAGCUGGGGUAGUGCUCUACACAAUGGUCUUUGGUCAACUGCCUUUUGCCAAUGUAAAUAAUGUUAAUUUUCUUAUCAAGCAAGUAUCUGCCGGACCCACCUUCCCGAAGGACCGUUGUGUCAGUGAUGAGUGCAAGUAUUUGAUUAAACAAAUUAUGCGGCCUGCAGAUGUACGCGUGUCAAUUGAGGAAAUGCGCAGUUUGCCUUGGCUGACCGAAAAUGACUCAGGCUACGACGAAUCAAGCCAGGAGAAAAGAAUGAAGCUUGAUCCUGCUAGUGGAGGGAUUACUGCGGUGACCAAUAACAACAAACGUUACGAUCCUACUCUCGCUGGCAACCUUGAUAAGAAGAACAACAAUAAUGAUAAUUCUAGCGGCAAUAACAGCAACAACAACAGCAAUCUUCAUACAUCAUUGCGUGUAUUGAAGCGAAAAAGGGCAGUGCCGAAAUAAGUUUUGCCAUUUGUUUUUUUUUUGUUUUUAUUACGAAAUAACGAUAUUUCGAUUUUUGAUCACUUGAGUUCCAAAAUUGAGAGUAAACUCUGGUUUUACAUUUUCCAAAUGCAAAUACCAUAUAUCAUUUUCAUCAUAAAAGAUGAAUUAAAGAUUACAUGGUAUGGGUCUUUUUGCUAUAUAGAUAUUUCGAUUAAUCGUUCGAAUCAAAUCAUUCCAUCCGGUGAUCAGGAAUUGCAGGACAAACAUAGACAUUGCAAAUACUGUUAAUAAAUCUGUUUUGUUAUCUAUUCCGAGCA